GCGGCCGCCCUGAGCGCGAAGCUCGUGGUCCGAGAGGGGUGCGGUCAGCUCGGAGGAGGCGGAGCCCUGGGCGAAUUUCUUCCUUCUUAUAGGCUAGGCGCUCCGGCCCGGCUGGUCUCGGGGCCUCGGGAUUCGCCGCAGCGCUGCCAGUCUGGCUCGGGAGCCCCGCCCACGCAGAGUUGGGUAAAAUAGACGCGGGCGUCAAGUGUCAGUAGUCGCGGGCCAGGUACGCGCGUUCGCAGCUCGCUCGCGGAGAACAGCGGUGGCGAGAGCCUGCUGCGGCGUGUGAAGGAGCGCGGUGGGGCGGGGCGGGAGAAAGUGGCCGCCCGGAGGACGUUGGCGUUUACGCGUGGCGGAGCGGAAGAGUUUUGCUUUUCGUGCGCGCCUUCGAAAACCGCGCCUACUGUCGGCUGAGGGGUCCGCCAGGAGCCUCCCCUCCUCCGCCCGCGGUUCCGCGCGGAGUUCGCCGGCCUGAGCCAGCGUGGGCGAGGUGGGAAGCGCGCUCGACACGCGCCCCGCGCCCGGAGUCGCCCCCCGAGUGCCCAUGGCUACGCGGGUGCUGACCAUGAACGCCCGCCUGGGACCCGUGCCUCAGCCGCCGGCCCCGCAGGACGAGCCCGUGUUCGCGCAGCUCAAGCCGGUGCUGGGCGCCGCGAACCCAGCCCGCGACGCUGCGCUCUUUUCCGGCGAGGAGCUGAAGCACCCGCACCACCACCCGCAGGCCCAGCCGGCGCCCCCGCAUCCCCCGCCGCCGCCAGCCGCGGGCCCGCGCCUGCCCCCCGAGGAGCUGGUCCAGACGAGAUGUGAAAUGGAAAAGUAUCUGACACCUCAGCUUCCUCCAGUUUCUAUAAUUCCAGAGCAUAAAAAGUAUAGACGAGACAGUGCCUCAGUCGUAGACCAGUUCUUCACUGACAGUGAAGGGUUACCUUACAGUAUCAACAUGAACGUCUUCCUCCCUGACAUCACUCACCUGAGAACUGGCCUCUACAAAUCCCAGAGACCGUGCGUACCACACAUCAAGACAGAACCUGUUACCAUUUUCAGCCACCAGAGUGAAACGACUGCCCCUCCUCCGGCCCCGACCCAAGCCCUCCCUGAGUUCACCAGUAUAUUCAGCUCACACCAGACCGCAGCUCCAGAGGUGAACAAUAUUUUCAUCAAGCAAGAACUUCCUACACCAGACCUUCAUCUUUCUGUCCCCCAGCAGGGCCACCUGUACCAGCUACUGAAUACACCGGAUUUAGAUAUGCCCAGUUCUACAAACCAGACAGCAGUCAUGGACACUCUUAAUGUUUCUAUGUCAGCCGCCAUGGCAGGCCUUAACACACACACCUCUGCUGUUCCGCAGACUGCAAUGAAACAGUUCCAAGGCAUGCCCCCUUGCACAUACACAAUGCCAAGUCAGUUUCUUCCACAGCAGGCCACUUACUUUCCCCCGUCACCACCAAGCUCAGAGCCUGGAAGUCCAGAUAGACAAGCAGAGAUGCUCCAGAAUUUAACCCCACCUCCAUCCUAUGCUGCUACAAUUGCUUCUAAACUGGCAAUCCACAAUCCACAUUUACCUGCCACCCUGCCAGUUAAUUCGCAAAACAUCCAACCUGUCAGAUACAAUAGAAGGAGUAACCCCGAUUUGGAGAAAAGACGCAUCCACUACUGCGAUUACCCUGGCUGCACAAAAGUUUAUACGAAGUCUUCUCAUUUAAAAGCUCACCUGAGGACUCAUACUGGUGAGAAGCCAUACAAAUGCACCUGGGAAGGCUGUGAUUGGAGGUUCGCGCGCUCGGACGAGCUGACGCGCCACUACCGGAAGCACACCGGGGCCAAGCCGUUCCAGUGCGGGGUGUGCAACCGCAGCUUCUCCCGCUCAGACCACCUGGCCCUGCACAUGAAGAGGCACCAGAACUGAGCCACCGCCACGGGCCUGCUGUGCCUACACAAUUCACACUGACGUUCUGCAGUCCACUUGGCAAAAUUUUAAACUACAAACUUAACCAUAUAUAUAUAUAUAUGUGUAUAUAUAUAUAUACAUAUAUAUAUAUAUAUAUAUAUAUAUAUAUACAUAUAUAUAAAAAUCUGGAAUGCUUGCUGUAAUGUAUAUGGCUUUACUCAAGCAGAUUUCAUCUCAUGACAGGUAGCCACAUCUCAGCUUGGGGUGGGGGGGGGGUUGGGGUGCAGGGUGUGUUUGCAGUGUUUUUACCUAAGCACCAUCAUUUAAUGUGACAGUGUUUAGUAAAUAAGUCAGUUGGCAGGCACAGGACGAAGGCUUGAUUGUUUGUCAAGAUUUUACUUGACAUCAAGUAGUUUUUAAAUAUUAGGUAAUUCCUUAGAGGUGAGCAGUAUACCUGGCAAUUCACAAAUAGCCAAUGAACAAAUGUGUUUGUUUUGUUUUUUUAUAUGAGUUGCCUAUAUUUGCUAUUCAAAAUUUUGUAAAUACGCAAAUCAGCUUUAUAGGUUUAUUACAAGUUUUCUAAGAUUCUUUUGGGGAGAAAUCAUAAGUAAUUCUUUUGAAAAUAACCAUGAAUACAUUUACAAUUAGAAUUUGUGGUAAGAUACCUCUUAAAACCUUCCAAAUAAAUUUCUUUAGGAGAAAGAAAUCAUUCAAAUGAACUUAGCAGAUUUCAUGCACUGAUUAAAAUAGGAUUGUUUAUUUUAAAUAUGAAAGGCAUUUUAUAUGAAUUGUGAACUAGAGAUUAAAGGAUAGUUACAAUAUACAAAAGUUAAACCUCUUACAAUAAGCUAAACUCAGUAUCAUUUGUAAAAGGAAGGACUUACGUAGUUUUCACAUGGCAAUGUUGAAUUUAUUAUGCGGUUUUCAUAUAUGGAAAUGUUGAAAUUAUGAUGCAGUUUUCAUAUACCGAGAUGUUUGCUCGUGCAGUACUGUUGGUUAAAUGCCAAUUUAUGUGGAUUUUGCAUGUAAUAUACAGUGACACAGUAAUUUUACCUAAAUUACAGUGCAGGUUAGUUAAUCUAUUGUUAAUACUGACUCAGUGUCUGCCUUUAAUUAUAAAUGACAUGUUGAAAACUUAAGCAAGUGCUACAUAUAUGCAAUAUAAAAUAGUAAUGUGAUGCUGUUGCUGUUAACCAAAGGGCAGAAAAAAUAAGCAAAAUGCCAAAAGGGGUCUUAAUUGAAAUGAAAUUUUAAUUUUGUUUUUAAAAUAUUGUUUAUCUUUAUUUAUUUUGUGGUAAUAUAGUAAGUUUUUUUAGAAAAUUUUCAUAACUUGAUAAAUUAUAGUUUUGUUUGUUAGAAAAGUUGCUCUUAAAAUGUGUAAAUAGAUGACAAACGGUGUAAAUAUUUUGUAAGGCUUCAAAAUGUUUAUACGUGGGAACAUACCUACAUAAAAAGCAUAAAUCAGUUGCUGUUUUGCUUCUUUUUCCCUCUUAUUUUUGUAUUGUGGUCAUUUCCUAUGCAAAUAAUGGAGCAAACAGCUGUAUAGUUGUAGAAUUUUUUUGAGAGAAUGAGAUGUUUAUAUAUUAACGACAAUUUUUUUUUGGAAAAUAAAAAGUGCCUAAAAGAU